ACGUGGACCACCGACGCCACCACGGACGCCACCACCACCGACAUCGCGUCCACCGACGCCGUCGCCACCACCCUCACUGACGCGGAGGCGGACACGCACACCUACGCGCUGGACGGCGAGGACAAGCAGAGCAAAGAAGGCGAGGAGGACGAUGAAGAGGAGGAGGAGGAAGAAGAAGAGCAAGAUGAUUUACAAAGCUGGCUGUCCGGACAUGAGAGGUACGAGCGCUGCCUGCGCCAGCUGCAGCAGGACCUGGGGCUGAGCGACACCGAGGCGGCGGGGGCGGGGCCGGCGGCCGCGUGGGCGAGCCAGCGGCUGCCGGCGCCGGCCGAGGACGCCCGCGCGCGCCGCCGCCUGGUGCGCUGCGUCGCCGACCAGCUGGUGGCCGCCGUGCGCGACGUGGUGCACCGCUUCCGCCAACGCCCUCCCUUCGCGCCCUACCAGCCCAUCGAGCGCGCGCACGCGCACCAA